AUGGUUUUUAAAUGUCAAGAUGAUAGUUUUAUCAAAGAGUAUACAUGUAAAGUAUUAAAAUGUGAGGAGACCAAAGAACCUGUUGUUGAUUAUGGCAAGGUUUCAAAGUUUGAAGGAUAUCAAGUAACAUUAGAAAAUACCAUACUCUUUCCAGCUGGGGGUGGACAGCCUCAUGACGUCGGCUGGUUGAAUGAUGUCGAAGUAUUGCAAGUGAUUCGUAAAGGCGACGAAGCCGUGCAUUUUACUAAAGAGCCCAUUGCUGUCGGCACAAUUGUCACUCAGAGGAUUGAUUGGGAUCGGAGAUUCGAUCACAUGCAGCAGCAUUCUGGGCAGCAUCUCCUAUCUGCAAUAUUAGAAAAGGAAUACUCAUUGCCAACAACGAGUUGGUGGCUCGGAGCUGAAGAAAGUUAUGUGGAGUUGGAAACGACGUGUGUAGAAGAAUAUAUCAUAAGGAAAGUGGAAGCUCGGUGCAAUAGUUUGAUACGUGAUGCUGUUCCCGUCAAAGUCAAGUUGUGUAAGGCCAAUGACCCAGAUUUGAACGAGGCACACACAAGAGGUCUGCCAAAGGACUGCAUGGACACAAUACGGAUUAUUUGCAUUGGGGACAUUGACGAGAACAUGUGCUGUGGUACCCAUGUUUCCAAUCUAAGUCAGUUGCAAGUGAUCAAGUUACUGGGUGUGGAGCCAGGGAAAAAAGGAAAAAUCAACUUAAAAUUCCUUGUCGGUAACAGAGUAACAAAAUCAUUUCAGCGUAUGCUAGACAGAGAGAGGUCACUUACGGCAUUAUUGAAAAAUGAACCUAAUAAACAUGAGGAAUUAGUAUCAAAAUUGCAAAAAAAUCUUAAGGCAGCUAACAAAAAUCUCCAGAAUGUUCUAUCUGAGCUGGCUCAGUUAGAAGUUGAAAGGAUAAAAAACGCACAGCCGAAACCCAAUUAUAUAUUCAUGUUCAAAAAAGAGGCCACACCGGACUUCAACCGCGCCAUUUGCAAGGGAUUAGAGGGGGAAGGGCUGUUUCUGUUUCUUGCUUCCGUGGAACCUGACAAGCCUAAGGAAGGCCAGAUUAUAAUACAAGGUCCGGAGGAAUAUUGUAAUGUGUUGGGGCAACAAAUAACAGAACUAUUAAAGGCAAAAGGAGCUUUUAAACACGGCAAGUUCCAAGGAAAAGCUGGCGAUUUGACAGCAAUUAGUAAAUGCAAGAAAAUAGUUGAGGAAUACUUUGCUAAUAUACUGUAG